CUGAGCCGGCUAUUUUUGCCUCCCCUGAGGCUAAUCCCCUGAGCCGCUUCCCGGCGUUAGGUAACGGCGCGGCGGGAUGCACUCGGCGGCGGCCCCGGUCCGGGCGGCCCCGGGCAGUCGCGGCACGGCGGGACCGGCGGCGACGCGCCCGGUGCGGGCUGGGUGCCGCGGGCGCUCGUCGCCGAGCCCCGGGGUGGCCCGGACCGAGGCCGGCCGGUAGCGGCGGGCGGCGAAGCGGGACCGGGCAUGCCGGGACCCUCGCCCGGCGGCUCCCCGGAGAGGGAGGCGGGGACCGGAGGGCGGCCGCGGGGGACCGGCCGGGGCAGGCGGGUGCGGUUCCGCCUGCCCCACACCGCCAUCUCGCUGCCGUCGGUGCGCGAGGAGGAGCGGCUCUUCUACCGACGGCUGGAGGCACUGGCGGCCCCGGGCCCCGGCGGCUUCGGGCCGCUCUUCGCGGCCGACGGCUGGAGCGACCUGACGGAGGACCGGCUGCUGCGGAAGCGCGUGGUGCGGGACGGGCAGGGCGGGCCGCGGCCGCGGCCGGGCCAGGAGGUGUCGGUGAAGGUGCUGGGCGCCCUGGAGGACGGCGGGCUGGUGGAGCGGGACCCGCGUCUCACCUUCGUGCCGGGCCACGGCGACGUCGUGCAGGGAGCCCGACGUGCCGCCCGAGGCGCCGCUGCUGUUCGAGGUGACGCUGCUGGAGGUGCGGGACGGCCCCGACCCGCAGCGGCUGCCGCCCGCCGCCCGCCUGCGCCUGGGCGCGCAGCGCAGGGAGCGGGGCAACUUCCACUUCGCGCGGGGCGACUUCGCGGCGGCGCUGCGCUCCUACCGCCUGGCCCUGCGCGCCCUCGACGGCCCCGCUGCCGCCCCGCCCGGGCCGCAGGAGGACGAGGAGCUGCGGGAGCAGCGCGUCAAGUGCCUCAACAACUGCGCGGCCGCCGAGCUGAAGCUGCAGCGGGCGGGAGAGGCGCUGGCGGCCUGCGAGGCAGCGCUACGCAUCAGCCCGGACAACGGCCGGGCGCUGCUCCGGCGGGGGCAGCUGCUGGCGCAGCAGGGCCGGGACGCGGAGGCCGCGCUCGUCCUGAGGAGAGCCCUGGAGCUGGACCCGGCCAGCAAGGUGAUCCACGCCGAGCUCUCGCGGCUGGUGAAGCGCCGGAGCCCCCCGGCCCGCGCCGCCCCCCAGGAGCCCCUCCACGGCCCGAUGCUGCCGCCGAGCCCCGGAGCCCCGGCACCGCCCGCGCCGGAAGGAGCGGCCUGAGCGGCCCCGCGGUGCCCCGCAGCCCCCCCCGGAGGAGUCGACCCGCCGGAGGUGGAGGAGCGGCUGCGGAGUGCCCCGGCCCAGCCCGGGCGUCGCACCGAGGAGACGGAAAGCUCCCCCGCCCCUCCCCUCCCCCGCCCCCGCACGCCUCUCACGGCCACGCCCCCGGCGCGUCACGACGGGGCGUGGCCCCCGCCCUGCUCCGCCCCCUACGCGUGGGCGCGGCUCCGCGGCUCUGGCGCCUGCGCCGCAGCUUCCGGCUUUUUCGCCCCCGCCGGCAGAAUGGCAACUGUAGCCCGCGGCCAAUCAGGCGGGGCCUAGCCGGAGCGGCGCGCCAAUAGGAGGGCGGCGGGGGCGGGCUCGGUACGGCGAUUGGCCGUGCCGCGCCCUAAAAGAGCGGAGCGGGGCGGGGCGUGGGGGGGGCAGUGCGGGACGUGGCGGCGGAGCGGAGG